CUUUCUAGCUGUAUAUCGGUCCUUCAGUUUGGUUUUGUACGUGCUGAGUGUCGCCCGGUGUUUGCCGUGCGUGUACAUAAUAUACGUGUGAUUUAGGUUGUUAGGAAUAUUUAAUAAUUAAACUGUUUUAAGUAAAAACAAAUCCACAAAAUGGCAUUGAUGCGUUGUAUUUCUGCGAACAAGUUGGCGGAGUCACACCAUAAAGUGAUCCCCAUCAUCGCCACCGCUAUUAGACACUUAUCAGCAGAAUCUACUGAUCUCAAAGCAGUUUUAGAAAAAAUUAUACCUAGAGAACAACAAAGAGUCAAAGAAUUCCGUAAAUCUCAUGGAGCCACCAAAGUGGGAGAAGUCACCGUUGAUAUGAUGUAUGGUGGUAUGCGUGGUAUUAAGGGAUUAGUCUGUGAAACUUCAGUAUUAGACCCUGAAGAGGGCAUCCGUUUCCGAGGCUUAUCUAUCCCAGAAUGCCAAAAAGUUUUACCCAAAGCACCAGGUGGCGAAGAACCUUUACCUGAGGGUCUUUUCUGGUUAUUAAUCACCGGUGAAGUACCAACCGAGGCUCAAGUUAAAGCACUGUCAAAGGAAUGGGCUAACCGUGCCACAUUACCAGCUCAUGUAGUCAGUUUAUUAAAUAAUAUGCCUAGCAACCUUCACCCUAUGUCACAGUUAUCAUGUGCCGUCACAGCAUUAAACAGUGAGAGCAAAUUUGCAAAAGCCUACAGUGAAGGAGUCAACAAAGCUAAAUACUGGGAGUAUGUAUUUGAAGACAGUAUGAACUUAAUUGCUAAACUGCCUGUAGUAGCAGCAACAAUAUACCGCAACACAUACAGGGAUAGUAAAGGAAUUAGUGCCAUUGAUACAAACAAAGAUUGGUCUGCUAAUUUCACAAAAAUGUUGGGUUAUGAGGAUGAAAAAUUCACUGAAUUAAUGCGUCUAUACCUCACCAUUCACAGUGAUCACGAAGGUGGCAAUGUAUCAGCGCAUACAGUUCAUUUAGUAGGAUCAGCCCUCAGCGAUCCCUACCUCUCAUUUGCUGCAGGUAUGAACGGUUUAGCUGGCCCAUUGCACGGUCUUGCUAACCAAGAAGUACUUAUUUGGCUGCAAAAGAUGCGCAAAGAACUUGGUGACAAUGUUACUGAAGAACAAAUGAAAGAAUUUAUCUGGAAGACGCUCAAGAGUGGACAGGUUGUGCCCGGAUAUGGCCAUGCUGUACUUCGUAAGACAGACCCCAGAUAUACAUGCCAAAGAGAAUUUGCUCUGAAACAUUUACCGAACGACCCACUCUUCCACUUGGUAUCUACUGUAUACAAAGUAGUUCCAUCCAUUUUGCAAGAAACAGGAAAAGUAAAGAACCCAUGGCCAAAUGUAGAUGCUCACAGUGGAGUUUUAUUACAGUACUACGGCUUGAAAGAAAUGAACUACUACACAGUUCUGUUUGGAGUUUCACGUGCUCUUGGUGUUUUGGCUUCUUUGGUUUGGGACCGUGCCUUAGGUUUACCAAUUGAACGCCCGAAAUCUAUGUCUACAGAUGGAUUAAUGAAAGCACUUAAAGCAUAAGACAAUAAUAGAAAGUUAUUUUAUUUCUGUGAAAACAUUUUUUAAGUAUGGUCAAAAAACUUACAUUUUUUAUUAAAAUAUUUCCAUUAUAUUUAAUUUGAAAUUAUGCAAUUAGUAAUGUAUGUAAAUUUACCAUUGUUAUAGAAUAUAGGCUAAUAUUUAUU